GUUAAAAUAUCGCGGUGGUUGGAGGGUUAGCGAUGAGUCUUCUUUGGACAAAAGAGAUAUGCAGCCUUCGCAUUGUUCUAGUUGGCAACUUUGUUACUACUUUCGGCCAAGGAAUGAUCUAUGUAACAACAUUUUCUGGAUACUUUUGUAGCUCCGUUAUAAAGGUACCGUCAUCUUUCGGCACCGUUGGAGCACCGGCUGCUAGCCACCACAAGCAAUCCUAGAUAGUGAGAGGAGAACUGUAAGAGAGGGAGAGAAGAAGAGAUCGGGGAGAGAAGCGUUACCAGUGGUGUGGGUAGAGAUGGGAGAACCAGAGCCCCUUAAGUUUGUCUCUCUGGAGGAAGAGGUGGACUACUGGAAGGAACAGGCGGCCAAGCACCAACAGAGGGCUGAGGAGGUGCAGGAGGAGCUGCAGGAGUUCCAGCAGAUGAGUCGUGACUACGAGGUGGAACUGGAGACUGAACUCAAGCAGUGUGAGACACAGAACCGAGAACUCGUCACACAGAACAACAGGCUACACAUGGAACUGGAGAACUACAAGGAGAAGUAUGAAAGGCAGCACUCGGAGGUGUACCAUCAGAUCUCUACUCUGGAAGAAGACCUGGCUGAGACCACGGCCAUCAGAGACCAGCUCCAUAAAUACAUCAGAGAGCUGGAGCAGGCUAACGAUGACCUGGAGAGAUCCAAAAGGGCUACCAUCAUGUCUCUGGAGGACUUUGAACAGAGGAUGAACCAUGUGAUAGAGAGGAAUGCCUUCCUGGAGAGUGAGCUGGAUGAGAAGGAGAACCUACUGGAGUCAGUUCAGAGACUGAAGGAUGAAGCCAGAGAUCUAAGACAGGAGUUGGCUGUCCAACAGAAGCAGGAAAGACGACUGUCCUUCACUGUCACCAAGAACUCAGACAAGACGGAGGACAAAACAUCCCUCCAUACCUCCCAUUCAUCCACACGACCGCCCUCAUCCCUCCAUACCGCUCCUCCUCCUGCUCUCCCUCCAUCCCUCCUCUCCACGCCCUCCAGACCCCCCCACCCCUCAGCAAGCCCCUUCACCACCCCCCCACCCUCUUACAGCAGAGGCGAUGGCCUAUCAGGUGCUCCUCUCACCAUGUCGACACGUAUCUCAGCUCUCAACAUCGUAGGAGAACUGCUGAGGAAAGUCGGGAACCUGGAGUCUAAACUAGCGUCCUGUAAGGAGUUUGUCUAUGAACAGUCUCCUGGUUGCAGUACCCUCUCUGGGGGACAGGGGGCACCACCCAUCCAGAGAGGCACUUCUUCUGACACACCGUCCACCACCAACGGACUCUACGAGAAAGGAAUGGUGAAGAUGUUAGACUUCGGACCAGGACCCAAAAUUAUUCUGUGAACUCCCCCCCUCCACCCUAGCCCCACACCUCAUCAUCCCCUCCCUUCAUAUCUAUCAGGGUCGUAUUCACUAGACACCGAAUGGCGGUAAACUGGCUGAAACGGGGAAGGACUAACUGAACUUGUCCAAUAAACUGCUGUUGUUUUUUUGUGCAAAACCUGUUCUGUUGCAAAAUGUUUUUCUCCAGUUAGCUACAGCGUGCACUAAUGAAUAUGUCCCUGCCCAGCACAGUCUCCCUAGGUCACCAGGCUUGUAUCCCAGCUUUCAGCUUCCAAUGGGGUUUAAUGUGCUAGCGUACAGCUCUCACUCUGGAAAGGAAUGGACCAGAUCACUGGACAUCACGGAAGUGAGUCUAGAGUUCUAGAACGUCAUUGAGACAGAACCUCACCCUCUAAUGCAAUGGAACGUCAUGGAACCUCAGUGUUGAUAUCAACUGUUCUAGAGCGCCGUUGAGGAGCUUUGAUGACGUCACGGAUCAACGGUACUCCUUCCUCUGCACUUUACCCAGGAUGCUUUGCCCUGGGGGUCUCUUAUCGAGGACUGAGAGAGGCUUCUAGGAGCGGGGCUUAUGGCUCUGGCACUUCCUGUUGGGACUAACCUGUAGCGGACCCAUAUCUGGUCAAAAGUAGUGCACUAUCUAGGGAACAGGGUGUGACCAGGGUCUAUAGGUCUCUGGUCAAAAGUAGUGCACUAUGUAGGAAAUAGGGUGCUAUUUGAGACGUAACCACAGUGUCUCGCUACAGGACGCCACAGGACGGCACAUGUUUUGUUGUUACAUUUGAUCUGUUUUUGUUCCUUUGGUUGUUUUAUGGAGGAAGAAGUCUUACUGGAAUGAACGUUUAUCCACACAAUGAUGAUUAUAUUUAAAAAAUGUAUAUUUUACUUCACUUGAAUACACCCCCUUGUUUUGCCUACCAAUGUUUGAAUAAUAAUACUGUGACUGAACAGUGACGCCUACUGGUUAACGACAGGAAGUGGAAGGAGUGUUAAGAGGGUCAGGAGUAGGGUUGCUAAAUUCAGGUAACUUUCCCAAAAAUACCCUGGUUUUCCAGAAAUCCUGGUUGGAAGAUUCUCAGAAUCAGGGUGUAGUAAGCAGGGAAUCUGGAAUCCUUCAGUCAGGAUUUCUGGAAAAACCAGGACAUCUUGGGACAAGUCAGGAGGCAGAAGGAAAGUUGGCGUAGAAGGUUUGGUAAGGAAUAGAUAUACUUUGCACCUUUUUACUGCAGGUCCAGAAUCAGAUGUCCCUCUAAUGGUUAAGGGUGGGGAUUGGGGUUAGGGUAAUCUGAUCUGUGGGUUAUUGGUUAGGUUGAGGAAUGUGUUCGGCAUAGAGAGGGCUUCUGUGACAGCAUGGGCAGUGCCAUUGAGGGAUUUCUCAAUUUUAAAAUAGUCAAUUUCUUCUUCAACGGUAAAGCAAAGGUUGGUAAAUUACUGCCCCCUGGAGGGUGUUGUCUGAACAGGUAUAAAGCCAACGUUGGUGAUUUACUGACACCUGCAGUUAUGUAAUGUUAGUAUAGUAUAAUUCAUUGGCUGAUCAGUCCUACUGACCUGGAUGGAAUUCUGUAAUCCUUUCCUGACCGAUAGCAAGUACCAGCCACUUCAAAAUGGUGAAAGUCCUCAAUGGCUCGCUCUGCCCAUGUUUAAACCGGCUUUGUGGCACAAGAGCCGUCUAUCCUAGUCUAUAGUGUUGAGGGUGCUACUGAUGGUGGCACGUCGGCCUGGUAAAACCUGACUGAGCGCUAGCCUGCGCUCACCUUUAGAGCUUCAACAUGGCUAGGCUGAUAGAGCUCUUCAACAUGACUAGGCUGAUAGAGCUCUUCAACAUGGCUAGGCUGAUAGAGCUUCAACAUGGCUAGGCUGAUAGAGCUCUUCAACAUGGCUAGGCUGAUAGACCUCUUCAACAUGGCUAGGCUGAUAGAGCUCUUCAACAUGGCUAGGCUGAUAGAGCUCUUCAACAUGACUAGGCUGAUAGAGCUCUUCAACAUGGCUAGGCUGAUAGAGCUCUUCAACAUGACUAGGCUGAUAGAGCUCUUCAACAUGGCUAGGCUGAUAUUAAAACACAGUUAGAUUACCAAAGUUAAUGAUGCCUUCUUGAACUAUAAUGUGUUUGAACUAUAGCAAUACAGUAGAAGUCUUGAAUGAAUGAUGAAUGAAUGAAUGAAUGAACAAUCCAUGAGUAAUCCACGUGGAGAUUGAAGCCGUAUUUUAUAGUUGUACGUGGAAAUGUUGAUAUUUGGAUAUGAACUCAGACAGCCACGUAUGUUGCACAGAGGGUAGUCAAGAUUUAUUUUUGUUAUGCGACGGCCUUACCUGUGAAUGACUAGGACUGCAAAAUUCCAUUAACUUUCUCAAAGUUCCCACAUAUUCCAUAAAUCAAGGUUAGAAGAUUCACGGAAUCAAGCAGGAAUAAGCAAGAAAUCCAACAUUCCAACCAGGAUCUUCCGGAAAUCCUUUUCUCUUUUUUUUAAGUUACCUGAAUUUUUCAACCCUAUGAAUGCCACUGUGGUUUGGAAUCUCAGGGUUUUUAACCCAUAUGACAAGUGUUUAACACAUUGUAUAUGGUGACGCAAGUGUAACAGAGGUUAUUUGGCUAGGAUAAACCAGUGGUUCACAACCGGUACUGUACACCACCAAGUAAUGUACUCCAUGCUCUGCCCUAUACCCCCUCAUGAGUCUUUGACCAGUAAGCCUAUGGUCUCAUGAGUCUUUGACCAGUAAGCCUAUGGUCUCAUGAGUCUUUGACCAGUAAGCCUAUGGUCUCAUGAGUCUUUGACCAGUAAGCCUAUGGUCUCAGGAGUCUUUGACCAGUAAGCCUAUGGUCUCAGGAGUCUUUGACCAGUAAGCCUAUGGUCUCAUGAGUCUUUGACCAGUAAGCCUAUGGUCUCAUGAGUCUUUGACCAGUAAGCCUAUGGUCUCAGGAGUCUUUGACCAGUAAGCCUAUGGUCUCAUGAGUCUUUGACCAGUAAGCCUAUGGUCUCAGGAGUCUUCUCAAGUAGUCCCUGUGGAUUGGCCAGUUACCCCCAAGGGUUCUAGUACCACUGCUUGUGAACCACUGGGGUUACUAUGCCUGCAUGGUGAAUAACCUUGCCUGAGAUCUGAAGACUUGCGUUAGCUCCCUAGGGUAAUGCCUUGGCUUUAACUCAGUGGGCUAACACAGUCUCUAAAGGCCCUAAUGGCCUGGGUAUGUGGGUUUGAAUACCUGGCUGAUCAUUCUCACCCCUAUGUUUUGGGUAUUGGUGUUGGUUCAUUCUGUGAUGACAGGCUUGUGUGUUAAAUACCAACCCAUUCCCUGUAUAGGGCCCUUCUUUUUUCCCCAGUUAAAAGUAAGGGCAUACUACUCAGUCAUAGGAGCCAGUCAAAAGUAGGGUACUAUAUAGGGAAUGGACGCACUCAAAUACUGUCACACCUAUAUUGAUGAACAGCACGUAGUCGCUUAUAUCCUGUUGGGUGAAGCUUUGUGCCUUACUCUGAGACCACAGUGUGGUCUGACCUUAUUAAAGAGGUCUCUCUGUAGCUGGGACCUCAGUGUGCUCUGACCUUAUUAAAGAUGUCUCUCUGUAGCUGGGACCUCAGUGUGCUCUGACCUUAUUAAAGAUGUCUCUCUGUAGCUGGGACCUCAGUGUGCUCUGACCUUAUUAAAGAUGUCUCUCUGUAGCUGGGACCUUGGUGUGGUCUGACCUUAUUAAAGAUGUCUCUCUGUAGCUGGGACCUCAGUGUGGUCUGACCUUAUUAAAGAUGUCUCUCUGUAGCUGGGACCUUGGUGUGGUCUGACCUUAUUAAAGAUGUCUCUCUGUAGCUGGGACCUCGGUGUGGUCUGACCUUAUUAAAGAUGUCUCUCUGUAGCUGGGACCUCGGUGUGGUCUGACCUUAUUAAAGAUGUCUCUCUGUAGCUGGGACCUCAGUGUGGUCUGACCUUAUUAAAGAUGGCUCUCUGUAGCUGGGACCUCAGUGUGGUCUCUUUCUACUGCUCAGGUACCGGUAAUACACCUCAGCCCAUUCUGUUCUAGCCAAUGAUAUAGCGUCAUAGACUUAAUGCCAAACAAACUAAUAUUCAGCCCCAACUACCUUCCUAGGUCCUAGGCAAAUGUAGUAGAUCUGAAACUGUUGGAUAGACAGGAGUAGCAACGCAAUAUGCUAAAUAACACCUCUGAUUAGGCUAGGUGAAGUAUUCACCAUGUUUAUACCUAUCCAAUCCUUACAGAUUUACCAAGUGCCAGAGCUAGGUGCUUCUUUAAAAAAAAAAAAAAAAUGGGUUUGGAAAUGAGGAAAAUCAAAAGUGAAAGAGAAGAAUAUUAUUAGUUGGCUGCUCAGUUCAGUUCAGUACUUUUGCCAUCCAAGAGUAUAAAAGUUACCAAGUCUGUUUCAAUUUAGGAAGUAAACUGAAAUACACUUUUUUCUCUUUUUUUUAAUUGACAGACAUUUGUAAUUGGAACGUCUGUUUACUUCCAGGAUUGACUGAAUUGAAAUGGAACUGAGCCCAACCCUGAAAGUAACCUUGUUCUGUGAUGAGGGGGACAUAUGACUACUUCAAGGAAACGUGUUUUAUGUUACAAAAUACAUGUAAGGGUUGAUUCACUUGCUUUGGGUUCUUACUUUUUCCCUGUAUGGUACUAGUAAUAAUAUAGGAUGUAAGAAAAUAAUGUUCUGUGUGUUUAAAAUGGGAGUGGAUACCUACGUGUGACUUACUGCUUGUUGCUCAGGGGGUAGAAUGUAUGAAGCAAUCUCAUUUGAAAUGUCUAGCUUUAAAAACCUCACUGUAUGGAUGGGGUGUGUCUUGUUUCUGUGAAUCAGGAAGUCACAGAGAUGGGCACCCAAUGAGAUGUCAUGUUGCUUUGUGUAGCCACUCACAAGCUUCUGUACUAAAAUAUACAGAUUUAGUUUUUCAUCCUGGGAUGCCUCUUCCUGUAUCUAAUAAGUCAUGCUUGGUUAAAUGUGUAUCUGACCCAACUGUCCUCAAUAAAACUGACUUGGUGAAA